AUGCAGGCUCUCGAUGUGCAAUCCUCUUCCGCAACCCCGUCUGUCUCUGGUCCUGGCGACUACGUCCAACACUCUCUUUGCUCCGACCAUCCACUGCAGAUCAUGAAGCCUGUUCGGCACAGACUCUGGGAUGACCCUCCAGUGAAGGGCGAAACCUGGGCGGUCCAGGCCUCCAUCCUUUUACCAUUCCUCGCCAUGGUUGAAGAAGACAUCCCAGAUAUCUGUGAUAGCGUACCUAUCUUCGACGAUGCUAUCCAGCUUCUACGCCGGUAUCGCGAGUUCCCCUCACGCCCAUGCAUCAUCGCCGGAAGGGCCGCGGGCCAGGAUGCCUCUAGAAAGUCGGAGAAGCGUAGACCUGCAGGUUCUCACGAUAGAUCUAGGGGCUAUAAGGUCUGGCCUUGCGCUACAUUCCAGGGCGAGUUGUAUCAGAAUCUCAGUCGUAUCUUGCAACACUUCGUCGUCGGCAUCUACACCCGAGAAAUACCCCAUCGCGAUUUUCGCCACAUACAUGCUUUCCCAGAGUGGCCUACGGAGAGGGACACCGCCGCCUACGUUCUCGCCAUCCCGAUCAUAUGCUCUCUGGCUGACGACUCGAAUAAAGAUCGUUCUCUUGAAAGUUCGUCUGACAGCGAGCUUCCGGUGCUAAAGAAGCACAGGACGCUCGACAAUCGCUUUAGUGACCAGGAUCUCGAAGAACUGGCCCUUCACCACCUUAUAGCACGUCGAGACUGGGCACAGCACUCUCAGGAGUACAGGUGGACAGCGAUGCUCGAGAUCUGGGAGAUCUGCUUCUUUGUGAAGAAUGGCAAAGGUGCUUGGGCUGCGAAGAAGGUGGAGAGGCACGUGGUAGAUGCGCGCAAGCACAGAAAGGAUCCCGUCAAAGAGUUCAAGGCCGCUCGCGAGGCGCUGAAACACGAACUCGAUCUCUUCUUGAAGAAGUGUGGACGUCGCGGGAAGACUGCGCAGGAUCGCGUUAAGCGAGUCUUCAACGCCACUACCCGUGAACCCUCCAUUGCGAAGCCGGGGAGGGAGUUAGAGGAAGGCGAGAUAGGGUACGAGUUUCCUAGCCGCCGUCCCACACGACGUCUGCAGACAGCGGUUACUGUCCCUGUUCAUACACAUUGA